CCGUAGCUGUUAUUGCCGAGACAGUGAGUGCCCCGCAAAAUCGGUGCUUCAACGACCCGAUUCAGCAAGAGAUGGGGAAAGUACAUAGGCAUCCGCAAAGCCGUGGCAUCAGUGCCUGGGAAGGUGUGUGGGAGGUUUGUCUCGAAGCAAGCCUUCGAGCUGAGACAUUUCUCUCGCAUCCUUAGCCUCCUGAAAUCCAAGUAUUGCUGUUCCAACUGCGUUGUCGGUGACCACGUUGCCGAAUCCAUAGGCAGAAUGUGGCUCUUCACUCCCUUGAAGUCCCUCGUGGCUAUUUUGUUCAUCCCACUCGCAGCUACGUUCAACGCCGCAUUCGUUGAUCCACACAAACUCCCAGUGGAACCAGUGUUUCCUGGUCCCUGGGAUGACUACAUUAAAGCUCCUGUCAACAAGUCUUUUAUUACCCCUGCAAGGAUAUGGCAAAUCGAGGGCAAUGUCACGACCACGGGUUACAACGACCUGGCUCUACAGAAUGGCAACUCCAUGGAAGAUGGCAGCAUUUUGAUUGGAGAGGGGGGAUUGAUCACUGUCGAGUUUGACGAAAACAUCUCGGGACGGGUUUGUUUCGACGUUGAAUCCGUCACCGAUGAGCCAGUCUUGCACCUCGCAUACUCUGAGUCUUCACUUUUCGUUGGUGAGCAGACUGAUGCUACCAACGACGAGAAGUGGGAUCUACCACUUGAUUUGCAUGUGGGGAAUCGCACAGGUUUUGUUUGCGUUGAUCCGGAAUUCAUAAGGGGCGGCUUCAAGUAUUUGACGGUGUAUGUUGACGUCAUUCCAGUACACAGGAAGCCCAACGCUUCAAGACGGGAGUAUAUUGUAGCCGCCCUUACGAGCGCUGCUCAGAAGGUACUCGGCGUUGGUGAUCAGAUGUCUGCCUUGGAUGAUAAAUGGCCGCACUCAAAGCCGUCUGUGGGGAUCAGACAAAUCUGGGUCAACUGCACUUCGUUUCCUUCGCAGUCGAACGGACGGGCCUACUCGGGUUAUUUCUACAGUUCAAGCACACUGCUGAACCGGAUCUGGUACGCCGGCGCCUAUACUUUGCAAUUGUCGACAAUCAACCCGAAAGAAGGCUCGGCCUUGAUUUCCGCCAACCGUUAUCUUGACCACAAUACCUCACCGCCAGGGUCAUGGUAUUCAAAUUUUACAGUCUCGCAAGGCACAGCCGUGACGACCGACGGUGCCAAACGCGAUCGUCUGGUGUGGCCGGGAGAUAUGUACAUAGCCAUCCCCGGCAUCGCAGUAUCGACCUACGACAUGUUGGCAGUUCGCAAUGCAUUGGACGUCAUCUACGAACGCCAGUACGCAGAUGGGCGUCUCCCAUAUGCAGGUCCUCCGCUAAGCUACCACGACGAGUUCAGCGAUACUUACCAUCUACACGCUCUCCUAGGAACGUAUGACUAUGUGCUCUACUCGGGCGAUAUCGCCUGGCUUCGUCAAAAGUGGCCUGCGUACAUACGCGCUCUGCGAGUCAGCACGUUAAAGGUUGACUCAAAGGAUCUCAUGCAUGUCACUUCGACGUAUGAUUGGAAUCGGCACGGCAUGGGCGGCCAUAACAUUGAAGCAACUGCGAUUCUACAUUUGGUUCUAAAGCGCUCCAUUGACCUGUUCGGUUUCUUAAAUGACGACACUACCCCUGACUCAUCCGGCGCGAUUGAGGCGCCUGAUGUUGCAUUGUGGUUCAAUCUACGCCAGCGCAUAGAAAACGGCAUCAAGUCCCUGUACUGUUAUGAAACCGGCCUGUACUCGGACAACUUGGGUGAACGGCACUGUUUUGGUCCCGAUCACGUCGAUCCUCAAGAUGGGAACUCCUGGGCUCUGAUUGCAGGCAUGCACAACCGGUCCUCCCAGAUACCAUUGUCUGUGUCUCAACAGCUCCGCGCACGUUGGAAUGCUUUCGGCGCCCCUGCGCCAGAGUUUCCCAACGUCAUGUCCCCAUUUGCAUCCUCGUUCGAGCUCCAAGCCCAUUGCGAGGCCGGUAAUCACGAUGCUGCAGUCGAGCUCAUGCUUCUCAUGUGGGGAUACCUGCUUUCGGGGCCUGGCUUCACCAACUCCACCCUGGCAGAGGGGUUCCGAGUAGACGGCCAUGUUCAUUAUCCCGCCUAUCCUGUGCCGAGUCGAAACAGUCAUGCACACGGAUGGGCCGCCGGACCAACGAGCGUGCUGAUGUCCUGUAUUUUGGGGAUCGAGUUCCGGAAGCCGGGGGGCGUUGAGUAUAGCGUGAGACCUGCGUUGACUCGGUGGCUUGGCUGGGCGAGGGGUGGGUUUGCGGCUGAGAUUGGGUAUUUUGAAAUUGGGGUGAAGAGAAUUUUAUUGGAGACGAGCGGAAAUAGCACGGGAAGGCGUGAAAGGGGAACCGUGGCCAUUGUAAGAGGGCCUGAGGGGGCCAAGGGGCUGUUCGGUUGGGGCGACGAGGAUGAGGAUGAAGGAUUCAGGCAAGAUAUAGUUGGCGGAGAGAUGAGGGCUUGGGUCAGGUGGGAGAGCUCCGACGGUGAUGAGGAAGAGAAGCGAACGAACAUGAGGACGGAAGAACUGGACGUCAAGGAUGUCAACUGUUCGAAAAGGGAUGAUGAGAUGUGCUUUGAGGAAAUGAUACCUUACAGAGAUGGAGGCAUGCUUGUGUACGAUUACACAUACGAAGAACCCAUCAUGGAGAAGCGGGGGCCUGGUGUCGUGGAUUUUGAGGCGCUGGCAGAGGGGUAUGCCAAGUCCUUGCAAUGGAUGAGGUAGUGUACGAUUAGCUCUUAGGGAGUCUUGGAAGUAUCGCGUUAUUAGAGUCACAGUCUCUCAACCCGUCUACCUGAUUGCACAAUCCCGAG